AUUGAUUAUUGAUGAAUAGCCAAUAAACAUAAAAAUGUCAAAAUCACAGAAAUUCACACAAAAAGAAAUUUCCUUUUUGGAAUUCAUCUUCUUUUUUUUUUUUUUCCUGGAUUUUUGAAAUGUAAUUCGUAAUUCAUAUCGAGAUUGCGUUCUCUGCUUUGUUAUAAAUUCGAGAGGACAACAUGCCUGAAUUGCCGAUUAAUCCUUUUUGCCUCUUCGCUCAACUGGUUGUAAGGUGAGGUGAUCAUCUAUCUUUCCUUCUCCUUCACACUUUUCAUUCUGCAACUCAUUUGUUUUACGAUCGAUGUCGUUCGUUCAUGUUCUACAUUUGUUGUCCCUAUCUGAAUUUCGUCAAUCUUUUCGUCGUUCGUUUGCGUUUUCGGGUCUUUUAAGGGUUCGUUUGAUUGCUUGAAGGAGAAGUAGAAGAGACUAUGGGCAGGCUUUUCCUCACCUACUUGGAUGGCAAAGUUUAUAGUUGCAAGUUCUGUAAGACGCAACUGUCUGUCGCGGAAGACAUUAUCUCUAAGGCUUUCCACUGCAGGCAUGGGGAGGCUUAUCUCUUUGAUAAAGUUGUGAAUGUUACUCUUGGUGCGAAAGAAGAGAGGAUGAUGAUAACUGGAAUGCACACUGUUGUUGACACAUACUGCGUGGCAUGUGGCUCACUUGUUGGCUGGAAAUAUGAAACUGCACAUGAAAAGUCACAGAAGUACAAGGAAGGGAAGUUCAUCCUCGAGAGCAGGUUCAUGAUAUUGGGUCCGGAUGGAAGCAACUAUUCUGUGAACCAAGAUGUUGAGCUUGAUGGGAGCGAUGACGAUGAAGCAUGAGUAACAACUCCCAGGAAUCAAAUAUCUAUCUUCUCAGACUCACCCUGCCAUUUUCAUUCAGACUUUAUCUUUCAGUUUAGAACUACAGAACAGAUGCAUGUAGGCAGACAUAUUUAAGAUUUGCAGGAUAGUCUUUAUGGCCAUUGAUUUAGAAUUUAAACCAAAACCAUUCUCUUUUCA